AUGAGCGGCAACGGAAACCAAACUGGAGGAGGAGGCAUGGGUGGCGGAGGUGGGGGCGGAGGUGGGGGCAUGAUGGGCCCUCGGCUUGCUAUAACCUACGCAGAAUCGAAUGUGCAAUUAGUGAGCAUAGGUCUCCAGAUGUUCAUGUUCCUCUAUGGGACCAUAGUCUUCAUGGAGAGCCCUCGCUCCGCGAGAAGAGGCCGCUUCCUCUACGUGCUUGUCAGUUUUACUAUACUGGCGUUAAGCAUCAUCUCCACGGCCUCGGGGAACUGGUCGAAUUAUAAUACCUUGCUGAAUACAGUGCCUGGUGAUCAGCAGAGGUCCCGGGCGGCUAUGGAGCGAUUUGGACGAGGCACACCGGCGUAUGGUGUUGCGAGAAUAUCGUCGACGUUUAUCGCCUUCGUUGGAGAUGGUCUGCUGGUCUAUCGAUGUUACUUCUUCUGGCACGACCGUAAAUGGGUCGUUGUCCUUCCAAUUUUGACCUACAUUGCCUCAGUUGUGAUGGGUUUCCUGCAGAUGCUCUGGCUCGACGUGUUUCCGGGGUGGAAGAUUGACUAUUCCGUAGCCUGGAUAUCACUGAACGCCGCCCUCAACGUGUUGAUCACGGCAACCAUCUCCUUCCGCCUUCUAAUGGCCUACUACAAGAACAGCGAGUUCCUGCCACCAGGCUCUUCGAAGCUAUAUCUUGGUGUUGUCGCUAUCCUGGUGGAGGCAGCUUUUCCAUUGGCAAUCACUGGAAUCGUGCUAGCUUGCUUCAUCAACCAAUCACAAGGCUCGGGAGCAACUAGACCGCACCAAGGCGUAUUCCGCAUACUCUAUUUCUUCUUCCUAGCCAUCUCUCCACAAACGAUUAUCUUCCGUGUAACAACAGGAAGAGCUGUUGGUCGCGACCUCCGAACAUCCGGUACGACGAGGCGGUCAGCACACACCUCAACCGGUAUGGAGUUUGGCAUCAACACUGGCCAAGGAGAUACAUUCAACUCUAUGGCGCACGAAGACUCCGUAGUUCCCAAUGCCCAUAAAGGCAAACUGGCAGACUCGCGUUCAGAAUCACAACUGGACGAGAAGCAGGCCGGUCCAACACGCAUCGAGGUAGUUUGA